GAGCAUUUGUACCUGCUUCUUCCAUCCUAGACCGAUGGCUGGGAGUGCUUCAGAUGACGAGGGUAGCAGGCUUCUUUUGUUCCCGGGUGUCUGAGAGAGACCUUUUUUCUUCAUCGGUCUAGCGCCGCCGGCCCCGAUGCUCCAUAUGCGAGCAGCCCCCCGCAUGUAGUUUUUUUGCCGCAAAGACGUCGUUGCUUUUUUCUUUGCCCCUCUAGCACGUCCCUUGUUGUCAGUAUUUUGCCGCUCCCCCCUUUUUGGUUGUUUCGGAUUUUGGCUUUUCCGUGGGAACCGACGAUGACGCUGGCUUGGAGAUGCGAACUCGGGAUGCGCUGAGGACUGGUGACGAAAACCGACGCAGGGGAGCCUUCGUUUGAAGUGAUGAGGCCACUAGUUUAGUUUCGUUUCAGCGAUGUGAUUAAUCUGCGUGUUCUCAUAUAUCCGACAUCCCUGCUGAAAAGCCACAUGAUGAGUUCGCGCAGUUGAUAGAGACAAAUAUACAGGUAGCUUCCUGCCGUCUCGAAAAUGCAAAAAGCGCGUGGACCGAGGCGGAUAGGUAUCUGCGCAGAGGUUGUAGCGUUCCCUCUUUAUCAGAUAGGCUUCCUCAUUUCAGAAUCGACGGAGCAAAGUAUGUAAGUGCGUAACUCGUAGCGUGUAGUAUAGGAGGUUCAUGCACUUUCGCCGUCGCCGGGUCGCUCCCUGGAAAGUAUGCAGCUCUGCUCUUUCGGCAUACGCUCGCGCUACAAAAAAGAAAAACCCGAGGCCACUAGUUCAGUUUCGUUCCACCGAGGUGACUAGUCACCAUGUGCUUAUAUAUCCGACAUUCUUAGAAACCUGACGAGUUCGCGCAAUUGAGAGAGACAAGAGUGCAGGUAGCGCCCUGUCGUCUCAAAAAUUGAAAAAGCGCGUAGUCUGAGGCAGGCAGCGAUCUGAAUCCUCGUAGAGUUUCAUCGUUUUGUAAUCGAUGGCGCAAAAAGGUAGCGAGUAGUCUAGGAGGUUAACGAACUCCCGCCAUCGCCGGGCAGCGUUCUGGAAAAAGUGUGGGUCGUACUCUUUCAGUAUACCGCCCGCCAUAGCCCCCCGCUCGAAAAGCUUGUAAUUGUAAUCGAGGCGCGGGAAAUAUUGAUGGUUCCUGUCUUUUAUGUUAUGCGCGUUAUAAUAAUAUCUCAUCUUCAUUCAUCGAACUAUCAUCUUGUCUCGCCAGUGGCAGAAGAUGGCCACCCAAGAUGCAUGAUGGUGAUUCGUGGAAGAUAUUACGAACUUCGCACUCAACAAAUCACGAUAGGCAGUCACUACUCUGAGGGGCUGAGAAGGUGCUGAUCGUAAGAAGCACGAAGCGAUCGGCGUUCAUAUUAUCCAUGAUUUUUUUAUACACAUCAAUCACUAUCUUCAUUGCGCAUUUAUUUAAAUCAUCCUCCAUAUGAACAUCAGCAACAAAUUGUUGUUAUGAAGAUCAUUUUUAGGUCACACAGCUACUGGGGAGACAGCAGAGCAGAUUGAUCCCUUUUCAGGUCGUUGGAAAGAAAGAAACGCAACUACAUGCGCCAAGCUUAUUGCUUGAAAGCUCCGCCCCUGGUGGGAAGGGAGACAGGUGCCUCUGAGGGGACAAACGCUCGCCCCUGGUGGGACAAGAUGCCGCCACCUCUGAGAGGGAGCGUGGGCAUUAGUUACGCGCCUAGCCCCAGGCGGGACACAAUGAGGCGCCGGAGCGCUUUGCGAGAAGUGCGCCGCGAUUGGUUCGCAGCAUGGGGGGGCUUGGACGCAUGGGGCCCCUGCGUGCUUGUGCUUACUACGGAGAUUCUGGGAUAGCGCCUACUGGCGUGGCUUAUGGUUAUCCCUCCUGUAAUGCAAGAGAGCGAAAGAGAGACGGCCAGCCCGGGGCGCCUUUCUCCAUUGCGUGCCAGGCAGGGCCUUCGCUCUCCUGAUGAAAUGAGCCGCCAACGAACGGCACAGCAGGAGAGGGGGGCGGGCUGGCUUCCGUGGUCCUUGUCUUCUGUGUGUCCAAGGUGAGGAGAGCCCCACAGCCUCACAGGCUGGCGCCGCCUCGUUUCCUUCCAAAGAAAGUGAGGCAAAAGGGCAAGGCCAUGGCUGCGAAGCCGUGAGGAGAUUCAGCGGGCUGGUUGGCUGCCCCAGUGUGGUUGCUUUCUAGACCCGUGUCGCGUGGUGUGCGCGGCCUGGUUGCUCGCCUCGCCCUUGUCGGGAUCCGUCCGCCCCCCUCCACCUUCUUUCCCUUUCCGUUCUUCCCUCCUGACCUCGGUUGCGGCGGGUCAACCCUAGCCACGGACCCGCGCACCGGUCGCCAGUGUUCAGCCCCAGGCGGGCAGACAGCGCGCUAGCUUCGCACUUCUUGGCGCUGCUCUUUUUCUGGGGUCUGAUCGCUCGGCCCGGGGGGGCGGCUGGGUUGAGGAUGCCCGAGGCGGACCUGGUCGCCUGACGUUGAGCAUCUCUGGCGCACACCUGCCACCGACUCCCCUGGUGGAGUAUCCCCGCGCCAGUCUGGAACACGCGCGAGCGUGACGGCAAGGCCCCCGGCCCGGCCUCAAGUUACCCGGGAGACUGAACACCGGCGAAGGCCCAGCGUGUUGGUGAGUCGCCUUCUAUGCGUGCAUGCGUAUAGCUUUAAGUUUAAAGGUGCAUGGCGGUCCCUUCGCUUUAUCUUACUUUCAACAAAUAUCAUCCCCCCUACGUGGAGGAAGACGAGGAGACGACAAGAACGCUGGGAACCCGUCGCGUUACAGGCAAGAAGUCGGGUAGUGUGGUGGAGGAUGGGGCUCACGAUGUGUUCUAAGUGAAAGCUUGAAAAGUCUUCAGUUAGACGACGUGGCAGCACAAGCCCGUGGGGCAUGGGAAUAGUGCUGCAAAAGGGAAGAGAAAAACAAAUGUUUUUUUUUUUGAAAUACCUCACUCUGAACAAUUCGACGAAAUAAAAUUGUGCAAUUACUAUACAACUGCAACCAACUAUUUUUUCAUUUUUCAGUUGAUGGUGAUUUUUUUCCGGAGCUUCGCAUUGGUCGUUCUGAUGGUAGAAUAUUGUGCAGUGAUUCCGCUAAAGCCCAACAAAAGGUCACCAUCUUCAUCACAUAUCUGUCUUUUGUCAAGAGUGAACAUCUUUGUUUUGACAUCGCAUGUGAGGCACUCUUCCUAUUUUCAAGAGUCUCCACUGAAUCUGUGCGACGAUUGAAGCUUGGAUUCCUUCAACUACAUGCGAUUCUCUUGCUAGAUUGUCAUCACUGCAGGCCCAUUAGAAACUAGUGCCAAAGAACCCUCCAUGUUUAGUACCCAUGACCACAAAAUUUUAUUUCCCAUAAUCCCUUUCGAAUUAAAAAUCCAGACCCAAUAAGGCUAAAAAGAUCUAAUUGCUUUAUAAGAUUCUCAUUUACUCUCUCUAUCAGUAGAGAAAAAAAAUGGCGACCGCGGCGGAUCAUAUGCUCUACAUCCAGGAGAAGGUGAAUCCUGUGCUAGAGCAACUCGUCUUAAGACAAAAAUUUGAAUUGCAACAGAUAGUUUAUUUUACUACAUCGAGUGGGAGUAGAAGUAAUAGGUGGACACCGAAUACUUGCCAGACUUUAAAUGGAGACCGUUAACCAUACCUUUUGGCUACAUCUUGGACGAGUUGAUUCAUGUCAGGUGGAGAUGAUAAUACGUUUUUCAAUCAUUACUCGAAAAAGGCCACGACAGUCGUGCUUCGCUAUUCUGUACAUUCUGACCAGGAAACGUUAAUGGCAUUGGUCUGACCAGAAAACGUUAUUCUGUGCAUUCGGACUCGGUAUUAUUCUCAUUCUCUAAUUUUGACGCAGCUUCUAUUGGACCGACCGGAGGACCCGGCAGAGUUUAUGCUGGCAUGGCUCAAGGAGAAGCAUCGCGAAAGUGGAUUUCCUCCAGUCUCCUCUACUGCAGAUUCAGUCGAGGACCUGAAGCGGAUUCUCGGAGAGUAUUGCUAAUGAUCUCUUUGUUGAUGUAAUCUUGAGUAGCACGACUUUGAGUACUUUCUUUGCCAGUGAUUUUCAUAUGGAAAGUCGCGAUUCGCAGAGGAGAAAAGUUGUUGUUUCCAUUGAAUUCAUUCUUAAUGGUUUGGAAGUAGCUUUAGCACGAGAUACUUCGGAUUUUCAGACAGCUAUCAUGUUGAUGAUUCUCCCCUCAAUGCAGGCUUCAGCAGAAGAAGGCCGACCUCGAGGAGAAGUUGGGUUAGUCGGCGCCGUUUCGCACAACAUGAUGAAAAUCAAAAUGAAAGAGCCUCUUUCUCUGCAACGCCUGGCGUGUCCAUGGCCCCAGAAAAAUCACUUUUCACUCUCUGUACGAGAAUUCAACAAAGGUUGAUUAAUUUCGCGCAAGGAGAUGCAGUAGGAUCGAAUAGUGCAGCCAGGACAACAUGAUGUGGUUAACCCACCUUCUGGUAUCAAUGAAAAAAGUCUCAUGCACGUGAUUAUCGUUCAUUUCGCGCACCUUUUUUUAUAGUCCAUUUGCCGGUGAUCGUUCUCUUCAGGGCCGAAAGUGUACAAUGCCACACAAAGCUUAGACUGACGCAACAUAAUAAAGCUCCUCACUCUGUAUCUGGAGAUUUAUAUCACAGCG